CGCCGGCGUCGCUUCUCCGACGAGUUUUCCUUCUCUUCCGGACGCGUGAGCCCGGUGGUCAUGCCUUGGUUACUGUCAGCCACUAAGCUGGUGCCUGCCGUAGCAAGUGUCCGCGGCCUCUCAGGAUGCACGUCCCGGGCCCGGCGAAGGUACUCCCUCCAGCCCACUCCAGAGAGGAGGAUCCCAAGCCGCUACCUGGGCCAGCCCAGCCCCUUUACACACCCACACCUCCUCAGGCCAGGAGAGGUGACACCAGGACUAUCCCAAGUGGAAUAUGCACUUCGCAGACACAAAUUAAUGUCUCUGAUCCGGCAGGAAGCACAAGGGCACAGUGGGAUAGACCAGACCGUGAUUCUGCUCUCCAACCCUACAUUCUACAUGAGCAACGACAUCCCCUAUCCUUUCCACCAAGACAACAACUUCUUAUACCUGUGUGGAUUCCAAGAGCCCGAUAGCAUCCUGGUUCUUCAAAGUCUCCCCGACAAGCAGUUACCAGCUCACAAGGCCAUGCUCUUCGUGCCUCGGAGAGACCCCAGUCGAGAGCUUUGGGAUGGCCCGCGAUCAGGCACUGACGGAGCCAUAGCUUUGACAGGAGUCGACGAAGCCUAUACGCUGGAAGAAUUCCAACAUCUGGUACCAAAGCUGAAAGCGGAGACAAAUAUGGUUUGGUAUGACUGGAUGAGGCCUUCUCAUGCCCAGCUUCACUCCGAGUACAUGCAGCAUCUGGCUGACGUCAAAAUCAGGAGCAAGAACAAGGUCCGUGCUGUCCAGCAGCUGAUCCAGCGCCUCCGACUCAUCAAAUCUCCUGCAGAAAUUGAGCGAAUGCAGAUCGCUGGGAAGCUGACGUCACAGGCUUUUGUAGAGACCAUGUUUGCCAGCAAGGCUCCAGUGGGGGAAGGCUUUCUUUACGCUAAGGUGAGCUGCAGACGUGUGGAAACAGUUGGGUGCAGGCAGCCCACAGACUGGCACGUGGCUUCCUUCUGGCUGUCCUGGCAGUUCCAGGAUGGAGAAAUGGUGCUGCUUGACGGGGGCUGUGAGCUCUCUUGCUAUGUGAGUGACAUCACCCGUACCUGGCCCGUCAACGGCAGGUUCACAGCACCUCAGGCAGAACUCUAUGAAGCUGUUCUAGAAAUCCAGAGAGAUUGUCUGACCCUCUGCUCCCCUGGGACAAGCCUGGAGAACAUCUACACCAUGAUGCUGACCCUGAUGGGGCAGAAGCUCAAGGAGCUGGGGAUCCUGAAGAACAGUAAAGAAAAUGCCUUCAAGGCCGCUCGAAAGUACUGCCCUCACCAUGUUGGCCAUUACCUUGGGAUGGAUGUCCACGACACCCCGGACAUGCCCCGCUCCCUCCCUCUGCAGCCGGGCAUGGUCAUCACGGUGGAGCCAGGCAUUUAUAUCCCAGAGGAUGACAGAGAAGCCCCAAAGAAGUUUCGUGGCCUGGGCGUACGAAUUGAGGAUGACGUAGUGGUGACACAGGACUCACCGCUCGUCCUUUCCGCAGACUGUCCCAAAGAGAUGAAUGACAUCGAGCAGAUAUGCAGCCGGGCCUCUUGACCCCCACUGCAGCGCACACCCCAGGUUCUGGAGGGGUGCCCGCUGUCGCCUGCGCACGAGUGUGGGUGUGUGCAUUUAUUCGCGGCUGCGUUGGGGGCGUGCAGCUCUCUGUGUGGUUGUGUGUGGUCCUUUUUUUUAAGUAGCUAGGAAUUUGGAGAAUUGAAUUUUUGAACUUCGGGUUACAGCAACUUUAGCAACAUUAACUCUAUAGACUAAAUGAUCCAGGCAAGUUUAACUUUUAAAAGUAAAAAGAGCGUCCUUGGUUACAGACGUCUAUGCAUUCCAUGUAACAUUUAAACGCACAGAAGAUUUCCUGCCUCUCUCUGGCCCUUCCCUUUCUGUGCUUUUGCUGAGAUCCACCUACCGCCUGGUCUGCGUGGUGCUUACAUUUUGAGCCUCCCCCGAAAGCCCCCUGUUGGUGACUGGGCCCCGAUACUCCACAAGUCCGCAGCAGCCAGAGUGGCUCCCCGUGCUGGUGUCCUGCAUCCUCCCUCAGCCCUGUUGAGCUCCAGCAGCACCAGCUGUGGAACAAGACAGUUGUGAGCUGUUUUGCUUUUUGGUUGCCGGGAGCCUGGGGGUAUUCGAGUUUUGACAAGGAAGGAAAUGGAGGAGGAAGAAAGUGUGUGUUCGCUGUAGGCCCAGACUUCCGUCCACCGGUCCUCAGCUAAAAUGUGAGACGUCCGUGCUCACCUGGAAGCUCCUUCAGGCCCGACCCUCAUGGAUACGCUGCAGCUGCUGCCCUGGCCGCUCUCACCAGUCGGAGUUAGAGGAUGGCCCGAGUCAGAGAGGCACCUGUGGGCCUUCUCCUUCCCGCUAGUGCUGAUCAAGCAAACUGUGGCGCCUGCCAGGUGCGCAGACCUGGCCUGCGAUCCUUUCCUUUCUCUGACGAGCGCGGGAAAGGCCGGAGUGGAGAGCCGCGUUUCUGGGGGCUGCGAGUGCCUCUGCAGCAAGGGGCGUGCGGGUGACGCUGGGCUGCAGCUGGCAGAGGGCAAGGGGGCCUCGGCCUUUAUGCCAGAGCGGCCGUGCUGCUCAGAGCCUGCGGUGGCCGGAGCCUGCGUCAUGCUUAGGCAUGUGUGUGUCCCAAGUCAGGGCUGGGGGACGCUCCCUACACUGCAGAGCUGUGCCCGCCUUCUCAGGAAAAACCAGCUACAGAGCACAAAGCAGACAGGCCCAACUCCACCCGGAGCAAAGACAGUGUCGUAAGGAAGGACCCCGCCGCGUCCUGGGGGCGCCUGCCACAGCGCUGGCCUUGUGACCCGCUGGGCCCUGGUCAUCACGCUGCCUAUCCUGCCUCGCUGGCUCGCCUCAGCCCUGCGCUACUUUCCAAAGAAGGGGGCUGACCUCUCACUCGCCGGGCCGCAGUGGUCCCAAAACCCCUUUCCUCGGAGUGGGUUUCCUUUCCCCUUUACAGUCCUGAGUACGGAGUUUGCGCUUCUUCUUGUGAGUCAUUUCUCCACCUUUCCAGCUGCAAGUCUCGGUGGCCGUUUGCUCCUGGUCGGACUCAUCAAGCGCGCACUUGCACGCAGGCUCCGGGCGGCUGCUGUGGAUUCUGGCAGCCGCAGUCCCAAGCGGGGAUCGAUGUUGACUGUCCUUUGAGCUCCAGGUUUGUCACAGCAGCAGCUAAGCCCCGGAAUCCAACUGCCAGAACCGCCAGAGAGGGCUGUCCCGCGUGGAGAGGGUUUGCUGAGCGGUGCAGGAAUCGCUUGCUUUCGCAGCCACAGACAGGCCCGCUUCCUCAGUGUCUGAGUCUCAGUUCACAGGUGGCCAGGCUCCCUCGUGGCAACCCUCGCUUUAAAAGAGGCUUCCGUCGCUCCCCAGGCAUUCUCCACGUCCAAGAGCUGUAAUGGAGCCGUGAAUGAUGCUGGCUCACAAAGGAAGCGUCUUUCAUGUGUCCACUGCACGAAUUGCUGGGUUUUCCCCAUGGUCAGGAAACAGGGGUUGUGUCGUGAAACACAACAAAACGAGUCCUGGAGGGAAAAUCUCCUCCUCCCGGGACGUGGAUCUCCAGCGGGGAGGCGCUUCCCACCAGCCUGGAGCGCUGGCCUUAGUUCUGUUGUUUCCAAACGUGCAGCAGCGAUACGUUUCCUUAGCGCUCUCUGUAGUAAGAAGAUGGCAAGUAGGAAGCCGGGUGCCGCCGGCGUCCGGACGUGUGAAGUCCCGUCCUUGUGGCACAGUGUCGUGGCAGCUGCCACCAACAAAGCAGAGUUUAAGUUUGCGUGAGGCGCUCCUGACGUCGCCCCACGCUGGGGGCAAGGGCAGUGUGACCCUGGCAUGCGUGCUGUGUGCUAGAAACUGAGGCCCAGGAUGGUAGGGCACAGGGACGCCGCUUUGGAGUGGUUUUAGGUGUGGUUAUUAGUGUUUUUUAGUACCCUGAGGUAGGCUCUGUAGCCCAGAACUUGAGCUGACACCGCCGAGUCUCACGUCUGGACACCCACGGUGCCCCUGGUGAGAGUCGCAGGCAGCGUGACAGCCUGAUGGUAGAGCAGAGUCCACGGAGGCCCUGCAGCGCCACGAGGCAAGCGUCAGUGUGGGAGCAGGGCCCCCGCCGGUACCACCGCCCGGCGGCGAGCUUCACAGGAGCUGAGAGCUGCGUCUUUGGUCAGCGCUCCUGCAUCUUUACAGGGCUUUUGUACAAUUAUUUAUGUUCAAAUUUGGACAAAACGCUGUUACUUUUUAAGAACCUAUCCCCUCAAAAUCCAUGCAUUUCCCCAAGGAGGGAAAACAUUUGUUACUGUCAU